CGACGUUAUGACCCACUGGUCGCUGUGUGUCCUGAGGUUUCUAUCAACAGCCUCUCCUGGAAGUCCCGGUGUCCUGACAUCGUCCGCAACAGCAACAACGAGUCAUAACGCACAGCCUCUUAUCUGAGAUCAAACAGCCAUAGGCUUUCCUAGGACAGCAACAACAACCACAAAGUUACCGGCAUGGAGUAGAGUUGGCCUUGGGAUAGAAUAGACGAAUAUAUGAAUAGAUGUGAAUAGAUGAGAUGUUUGGAUUAGAAUAAACACCGUUUUUCAUUCAAAACUACAUUUUUAUACAAUUUUAGUGAGCCAGAAACAUGUUUCCUUUAGACUCUCCAUGGAACAUCUCCUUUGCGGGUUGCGGGUUCCUGGGUAUUUACCAUGUCGGAGUGGCCAGUUGUUUGCAGGAGCAAGCCCCGUUCCUAGUGGAGAACGCUCGGCAUGUGUACGGUGCUUCGGCCGGAGCGCUCACUGCCACCGCGCUGGUAACCGGAGUUUGUCUGGGGGAAACUGGGGCAGGCAUCAUAGGGGUUGCAAAGGAGGCUAGGAAACGAUUCCUCGGUCCAAUGCACCCUUCUUUCAACCUGGUGAAGAUCAUGCGCCACAUGCUGCAUCGCACCCUGCCGCCUGAUGCCCAUCACCGCGCCACGGGACGCCUUGGCAUCUCCCUCACCCGGGUGGCAGACGGGGAGAAUGUCCUAGUGUCCGUGUUCAACAGUACAGACGAAGUCGUUCAAGCGUGUGUGUGCAGUGCCUACAUUCCGGUGUACUGCGGCCUGAUCCCCCCCACCCUGCAUGGCGUGCGAUACGUGGACGGAGGAAUCUCGGACAACCUGCCCCAGUAUGACCACAAGAACACCAUCACAGUGUCGCCAUUUUCUGGGGAGAGCGACAUAUGCCCCCGCGACAGCUCCACCAACCUGCACGAGUUGCGCUUCACCAACACCAGCAUCCAGUUCACGCUCAAGAACCUGUACCGGGUGUCCAGAGCCCUAUUCCCACCGGACCCCAUGGUGAUGAACGCCAUGUGUAAACAGGGAUAUCUAGAUGCACUUCAGUUUUUGAAAAGAAACGGACUGCUGAACCUCAAUGAACCUUACAGAGACAGACCCCUUCUCUUGAUCAGAGACGAGAGGGAAGGGGAUGUCAACUCUUCUGGGGAAGAGGAAGAUGAGGACAUAACCAACGCUGAUAACAUAGAGCAGCGGCCGCAUGUAGAAGACAGCACAGACGUUCACCAUUAUAGUCCCAAAGAGGAUAAUAUAUUUCAACACCUGCCACCCAACCUCCACCAAGCCCUCAUCGAGGCCUGCAAGGAGAGGAGGAGCCUGUGCCAGUCGCUAAGCAACCUGCUCCCCAUGAGGCUGGCCUCGGUGAUGAUGCUGCCCUACACCCUGCCCCUGGAGUCGGCCAUGUCCAUGGCCGUCAGGCUUCUGGAGUGGAUGCCGGACGUUCAGGAGGACAUGGUGUGGGUCCGCGAGCAGAUGGCCAAGGUCCUGCAGUGUGCUGUGCGGCAGGCCUCUAGAAGCAUCUCACAGCAUGUCUCUGCCAGGUUCUCCUGCCAGCUAGAGCUGCACCACUACCAGUCCCUGCCAACCCAGUUCAGCUCCGCCAGCCUGCUCCCCUCCUGCCCCUCUGUCCUCAACGUCAUCAUGCGUCUCAAUCAGUACCAGAGGCAGCUACUGCCCGGCGUGCUGUGCAUUAACAUGGACCUGCAGGGCUCCUUCAAAGCCGGCGUGCCGCCAGCAGAGGGCAGCAAAGCGUCCGUCAUCCCCCUGGGUGGUGCCUUGACACUCAAGGAGCUUCCGUGCCCCUCGUGAACCCGUCAGAAGCUGUUAGCUGGCCAGUUGUUGGUUUGUGUGUAGACUGUGCCUUGCGGAGACAUAGCGUGAGCAAUGUGUUGUCAACGCGCUAUGGAGAAUGUGGGAAUUGACUCGGUAACUGAGGCUUGAUGACAUCACUUGAUGACUUCAGUCGAAUUGAAACGGUGUUCUGACAGGUUGUUGUUUUUUGCCAACAACAGCAUUUACAAAUACAGUGAAUGAAAGCCAUUGAAAAAAUAUAUAAUUAUUAUUUUAUUGAAUAACCACAUAUGUGAAAUAAAACAGACCGUUUUCCCUGACAUAAGUGUUAGCCGGCCAUAACAAAAUGUAUGUUGUAGGAAUUUAAUCAAUGGGAUAAUUAUUUAGUUUUGCCUCUGAAAAUAAGCACAUGGCCUACAGCAACAAUGUACAUGUAACCCGUAAAACGACCCACCGAGUUGCAUACUUGAAGUGCCCUUUUUGAGUGUAAAUAUUAUUGUGUGUGUGGAAUGCAGUCAGGGCCAGUAGUUAAACAUGUGCUGCAGUUAUUAGCUCAUACACAGGUCUGCUGGGAAGGGAGGCUGACUGUAUAGGCCUACUGUAGAGGACCGACGGUUAAAUCUAGAACUGUGUGGUCAGGUAGGCCUAAAGUGUGUGAUAGAGUACUUAUCUCAUGCCCGCCAUCCAGUAGAAAAACAAGCGUGUUACAUGUGGAUAUGUCUGUUCUCUUGACUUAUAGGUCAAUUGAAAGUCAGUUAUUUCAAUGUUUUGUUUAUUAAAUCUCUUGGUCAUGGGAACACA